AAAGCAAAUAAAUCUGUUUUAAUAUAAAUACUGUAUUAAACAAAUAAAUAAAACAUUGACUAUUAAUACCAUAAUACUAAUCAUGAAGUUUUCAUUGAUAUUUGUUAUUAUAUUUAUAGCUUUACGAGUUGAGGCCGACAUGAAUGCCGGUGCCAAACACCGAUGCGAAGAGUAUACGUCCAUCUUUGAGAACGACACCAUUGAACUACAGUACGAUUACUGUGAGAACAUUGACGACGGACGCGGAUUCACGUCAGGUCGCGCCGGCUUUUGCACGGGAACGGGGGAUGCCGUUGAAGUGGUCAGAAAAUACACACAUCAAAAAUCAGACAAUCCUUUAGCCAAAUACUUACCAGAAUUGGAAAGAUUAGCUAAAGAAGGUAGUGAUGAUGUCAGCAAACUCGGAGGUUAUUGCAAAGCAUGGCAACAGUCAGCUAAAGACUCGGCUUUUCGUAAAGUUCAGGACGAUAUCAGCGAUGAAACCUAUUAUAGACCAGCCAUAAAACACGCACAGACAGCUGGUGUCAAAUCACAGUUAGGUAUGUGUGCUUUCUAUGACUGUAUCAUUCAACACGGAGACGGUGAUGACCAGGACUCGAUCAAUGCCAUCAUCAAGAAGACACACGGAGGUCAUGUCAGUGGCGAUGAAAAGUCAUGGCUCAAAGAUUUCUUGAAAAAUAGAAGAGCAGAUCUCAUGGACCCUCACGACAAAGACACCAGAGAUGAAUGGAGACAAUCAGUAGAUAGAGUGGACGCUAUGGUUAAACUGUUGGACGCCGGAAACAUGGACUUUAAGGGACCCAUGCAUAUCAAGACACCUAACCACGAUGCUACCAUUCCUGCUUAAAGUCAAUUAAUAAACAUUUACUACACAUAUGCAUAUAUUUAUACAAAUUAA